AUGGCCUACUAUGGAAAAUGCAUCAAGAUGGUGAUUGAGCAGCUCAGCAAGUUCCGACCUGAGAAGGACAGUCCCGAGCAGUUCCUGGAGGCUGUGUCCCUCGACCUGCAGCCCCUGAGCCCCCUGAAGCGGGCGUUUAUUCUGGAGGUCCUGUCCGGCUGCCUUGAGUACCGGAAGUUACUGAAAGUCGUGGUGGAUGCCUUCUACGUGCGGGAUGGGCGGAUCUGCCUGUGGGUCGACUACACCCUCUUUGAGGUGAUCUGCUACCUGGCCACCUUCCAGCUGGAGGAACUCGGCUUCCAACUCUUCUGUAACAUCGUCAAGUCCCAGCCCCCGGACAAGAUGAGGACGUUCCUCAAGUUCUUCUUCAACCCCCUGCACCUGUGUUCCUGGAUCAAGGACGAGUGGAGCCUGGUCUAUGACACAGCCCAUGUCAAGGAGAAUUGGAUCGACCCUCUGAUGAGGUGGCAGCCGGAAGUCCACGAGCUGAUCAGCGAGCUGGAGGCUGUGUUGGCCAACCGGGUCCACCUUGUGAAGACCAAGGCCAAGGUCACAGAGCCCAAGGAGUUCAAGCUGACUGCCCCCAGGCCCCGUGCCAUCCCGGUGCCCGAGCCGGUACCCGUCGUGGCCAAGCCUAGGCCAGUCCCACAGAGCACCUACCAGCCCCCCAAGGAGCAGCAGCUGCUGGAAAUGACGAAGAGGCGUAACCGCUGGAAGGCCGAGGAGCUACUGCUGAAGGCCAGCCUGGAGGAGCUGCACUGCGCGAUGCCCCGGCCCCGCGGGGCGUGUAAAGACAGGAUGGGUGGUUCCAAGAAGCAGUUGCGGUUCCAAGUGCCACCGCGGAUCCGUAGGAUGCCGAAACUGACCUUCUAUGAGCCCAACAAUGUGCCAGUGAAGCUGAACGCCGCUGCCAUCCUGCGGGAAGGAGCCCUCUACCAGAGACGGGUGGAGAAGGAGCUGCAGAGGGUUGACAAGCUCGUGGAUGGGGCUGGGGAUUUCUCCGAGUUCCUUGAAUGGCAGAAGAAGAUGCGGGCCAGGGACCGGGAGGAGCAGGUGGCCGCUGAGGAAUGCCGUAGGCUGCGGGGGAAGCUCAGCCACGAGGAGGCCGUCCUGGCCCGGCAGAACCUCGUGCAAGAGAACAAGCAGAAGGCCGAGCAGAAGAAGGAGGAGACGGCGGAGCUGAUGCAGCAGUGUGCCGAGAGGCGACUCCAGGAGGAGAGGUCCAUGAAGGAGCUCGUGGACCAGGUGAUAGAGGCGCAGAAGAACGUCAAGGUGGCGCAGACAAAGCUUCUGAAGGGCCGCCGGCAGGCAGCUCAGGAGCUGAUGAAGGAGAGCCGGGAGCUACUGCAGCGUAGCGCACAGGAGGCCAAGGAGCAGCAGCGGCAGCAAUGUGUGCUCAUCUCCCAGCUGCGCGCCAUGGAGACGCAGCCCACUCGCAAGGGCAAGCUUGUGGACCUGACCCAGAUCCCCGGGUAUGGGCUAGAGGGCGAGAUGUCCAUUGUGGAGCUGCGUGAGCGGCUGGCCCUGCUCAAGGAGACCCAGCAACGCGCACAGGAGGAGAAACGGGACCAGAUCAUCCAGAGCAAACGCGCCCGGAACCAGGAGCUGCAGGACGCCAUGCAGCGCGUCUCACUGUGCCGUGCAGCCAUGGGCCGGGCCGCUGCUCUGAGGUGGGAGGAGAAGAAAGGCCCAGCGGCCGCCCCCGGCGCGCAGGACGAGCGCGUGCUGGCGCUGAGGCGCCGGAUCGCGGAGAAGGCCGCCGAGCGCCGCGAGCUGGCGGCUGCGCUGCACGUGGCGACGCCUCGGGCCGUGCGCCCCAAGCCCCGGGUGAGCGGGGGCGGGGCGCAGUGGGCCGAACGGCUUGCUGGGGGUGGAAGGGCGGGUCCCGGGUCGGACAGGACCAGGCGGGGUGCGGUGGGGGAGCGGCGACAGGUGCAGUAG